ACUACAACUUUGAGAUCCCCAAGACCAUCUGGAGGAUCCAACAGGCCCAGGCCAAGAAGGUGGCCUUGCAAAUGCCAGAAGGCCUCCUCCUCUUCGCCUGCACCAUUGUGGAUAUCUUGGAAAGGUGAGGCAGUUGCUGGUGCUGGAGAGGAAACUGGGCCAAGACCCUCCCGGUGCCAUCACAGCUGUCUUUUGGCAUCUUCUUUCCUUCUAGACCUCUGUGUAUUCCCCCUCACCACCCCCCCAACCACACACAUACACACAAAGGAAAAAACCCAAACCAUACACUCAGCCCUGCUGAGAUCCCUGUUUUUCCUUAUAAAUCACUCCUCCCCCCUCAAAAAUUGGUCAAUUAAUUCCAGUGUCUUCAAAGUCUGGCCCAGAGCAGUUGAUGGGGCCUGGGGAGGCACCUAAGAAUCCUCAGAGCUGACCCUGGCAUGGGCUGAUUGAUCAGCAGAGAGUCUGGCUAGGGACCCCUUUUUCUUUGGCACAUUCUGGCAAGGGUGGGUUUGCGAGGAGGAGAAGUGUGCCUAGGAGAAGGUAUUGAGUUCCUCUACUCCCCCUAUUCUAAGUUUCUUCUGUACAAUGAGCCAUCCUUGGGGAGGGGGGAGUCAGUUCUCAGCCAUCUGGAACCUCACUGGAACAGGGAUGGGGAAUGAAGAGAGGGGAGGUUAUCUCGUGAUAGGAACCUCCCACUUCCCUGCUGCUGCCCUCCCCCCAUCCUGCUCCCAUCCCUCUGCUGCCACAGACUCACUUCCCUGCUCCCACCCUCUUGCCCCUUGGGGAUGCUCUCUGGGGCUUGGGCCAAUUUGCAUACAUUUUAAUCUAUAAAAAAUUAAGUGCUCCAGCUGACUCAGCCGCCUGGGCUGCAUUCUAAGGAGCUGAAUAAUCUGCUUCUGUGCACAGCCUGAUUUGGGGGAAGGGAGGGGGGUUGGCUGGCAGUAGCUCUGCUUCCCCCACCACACCCCUAAAAGAGGAAUAGGAGGACCCCAGUCACUGAGCCAGGCCCUAGGCCCAGGGGCGAGUCUAUCCCUGGGAAGAGCUGGUCCUCCUGUUCCACUCCUGUGGCGAGUCAAGGGGUGCCAGGUCUCCCCUGCCCCCCACCCCACCCCCGCUCCCCCAGUGAUUCAGGCCUGGCAACAGAUCCUAUGGCAAUGUGCUGGCCAGAGCCCACUCUUCCUGAAGCAUGAGUCAGGUGGGCGGUGCCAUGUGCUGUGGGGGAGCUGGGCUUGGGCCCCCCUAUCCUGGGCACCGAGGGCCCUGCCUAAUGGUGGGGAGGGGGCAGGGGGCCAGGGCGAAAGGGGAGGUUGUAUGUAUCCAUACAUCCAUGCCCCCACAGGCCACAGCGCAAAAGUGUGGGAGUGGGUGCCUUUGCCUGUGCACCCAGGUGUGGGAGUGGGUGUCUUUGCCUGUGUGUCCAUGUGUGGGCUCAUUGCUCUGGGUGGGGUGGGUUCAGGUAGCUGCAGGCCCAGGUGGUCUGUGUUUGACCCUGUGUGUGCCGCUCCCAGUGUUGGGUCCCUCUUCCAGUCUGAGCCUGGGCAGAGGAAUCAGGGUGUUGUAGAGACCAUGCUUGUGCAGCUACAGUUCCAGGAGCUGCUGCUGGGCUGAGGGAGGUGGCAGCUGGUCCCCUCCUACUCUUUGCUGGCAGAAGUGGUGGCUGCCAACCUAAGGAAUCGAGAGAGGUUCACAGAGGCCGAAGUGAUGGUGAUGGGUGACGUGACCUAUGGGGCUUGCUGUGUGGAUGACUUUACUGCGAGGGCUCUGGGAGCGGACUUCCUGGUGCACUACGGCCACAGCUGCCUGGUUCCCAUGGACACCUCAGCCCAAGACUUCCGGGUGCUGUAUGUGUUUGUGGACAUCCGGAUAGAUACCACCCACCUGCUGGACUCCAUCCGUCUCACCUUUCCCCCAGCCAGUGCCCUUGCCCUUGUCAGCACCAUUCAGUUUGUGUCCACCUUGCAGGCAGCUGCCCAAGAGCUGAAAGCUGAGUACCGUGUGAGCGUACCACAGUGCAAGCCCCUGUCCCCUGGGGAGAUUCUGGGCUGCACAUCCCCCCGACUGCCCGAAGAGGUGGAGGCUAUUGUGUAUCUGGGAGAUGGCCGCUUCCAUCUGGAGUCUGUCAUGAUUGCUAACCCCAGUAUCCCUGCUUACCGGUAUGACCCAUACAGCAAAGUCCUGUCCAGAGAGCACUAUGACCACCAGCAUAUGCAGGCCACCCGCCAAGAAGCCAUAGCUACUGCCCGCUCUGCUAAAUCCUGGGGCCUCAUCCUAGGCACCUUGGGCCGCCAGGGCAGCCCUAAGAUCCUGGAGCACCUGGAAUCUCGGCUCCGAGCCUUGGGACUUCCCUUCCUGAGACUGCUGCUUUCGGAGAUCUUCCCCAGCAAGCUUAGCCUACUUCCUGAGGUGGAUGUGUGGGUGCAAGUGGCAUGUCCACGGCUUUCCAUUGACUGGGGCACAGCCUUCCCCAAGCCGCUGCUGACACCCUAUGAGGCGGCCGUGGCCCUGAGGGACAUUUCCUGGCAGCAGCCCUACCCCAUGGACUUCUACGCUGGCAGCUCCCUGGGGCCGUGGACGGUGAACCACGGGCAGGACCGGCCCCCCAAGACUCUGGGCCGGCCCGCCCUGGGGAAGGUGCAAGAGAGGUCCACGGGUCCCUCUCCAGCCACAGGUUGUGAAGGUUGCAGUUGCAGAGACGAGAAGGUAGCGCCGCUCGCUUCUUGAGACCCUUCAGGGGCGCAGGGCCAUGCCCUCCGGAGGAGCAGCCCCGAGGCUGGUGGUUCUCUGAGGAGGCAGCCGUUUUCUCUGCGCUGGAAGAGCCCACGGUGUGCAGGGGACUGGAGGAAGCCCUGGAAG